AAACCAAUAAGGAAACUCCUCCAUUCAAGAAGGUGCUCAUUUUCCCUGCUCCGACACUGUGCCUCUAUCGAAAUUAUAGCUCUCCUAGCUUCAGCAGAGGGGCACGUGUUAACAGCCGGCUGACAUUAGAAGAAUGGCCAUUGCUUUUGUGUAAUGGCAAAAACAAUAUGGCUGAUCUUACCCUAGGAACCCAGGACUUAAAGUUGGGCGCCAGCUUUGCGAAAAAUGCGAAACCUGUAUACCAUACAGUUAGAUAUGACUUUAGGUCAAAGUCGGUUGAUACGACAAAAGUCUCAGACGUUGAAGUUGGAGAGGGUGGAAAUGAGGUGACAGUGACUGUGCCCCAUGUCGAGGGGGCAGGUACAAACCGAACAGUUUACAAAGGGUUUAAGAAGCCUUGUCACAAGGAAUGCAUUCUUAUCAUCGACCAUGCGACAGGCGAAAUAAAACUAGAGAAGCUUGGAUCAAAUAUUCAACUGAAGAAAACAAGGGCGGAGGGAAGCUCAAAGGUAAGCCGACCGACGACACCCGUUGAGGGAAAGAUGACGCCACCCCCUGGCGCUGUCGCAGCGGCACCAGUGACACCUAGUGGCCAGCCCGCGCCGUUCGUACAAUCAGCUGCUCGAAAUGGCAAAUUUGCCGGUGGACAGGGGGCGCCUGUGGCACCGGCCGCUCCCCGACAUGGUCAACGUGAAG